AUGAUGCAGCAGAUCUUAAAAGAUAUGUUUGGAGAUCCAGAGCUUUUGGCUGAACUGAAUGAGGAGCAGAAAUAAAUUCUCUUCUACAAAAUACGUCAAGAGCAGGUGUGACGCUGGAUAGAGUGUGAGCGCCAAGAGGGAGGCUGGGAAAUGAGCCCCCUGACCAAGGAGAAAGAUGAAAACAGGAAGAAUGUACAGUGGCUGAAGGGCAUUGAUGGUGAAGUGUGGGUCUGGGUGAUGGAAGAGGCCCCUGGAGACCGACAGUAUGAGCUGAUUAUCAAGGAGCUGAUGGAGGAUAGAGCCAUGCGACAGGCUCACCUAGAAGCCCAAGAGCUGUGGUGAGUAUUGUGAACUGUACAGCAAUUGAAUGAAAAAAAGAUCAAGCAAAAUUUCAGAGAUGCCAUCAAAAAGGAAAAAGCACGCUUAGUCACAGGAAAGUGGAAGGAAGAAGCUGAGGACAGGAAGGCAGCCAAACAGGAAGAGGAAUGCAUACGUGAGAAACUGACUGAUCAACAAACCCCUCAAACUUCUAACAGAACAGAGGAGAUACCAUGUGCAGAGGAACAAAGAGCAAGAGAGCUGUAUAUGUCCAUUGAGCAGGAACAGAAAAGCGAACAACGUGACAAAGAAUGGGAGGAACAAUCCUGUUAUGCAAAGGUAAACAACAUGAAAUGGUGA